ACAAGAGAAGAGAAGCGGUCUUGGGUGGAGAGAGUAGAAAAGGCCAAAAACCCAUCAUUCCGUCUUCCUCGUCUUCUCUCUAUAGCUACCGUCUGAAACCACCGCUUCAGCUUUCCGAAUCACAUUUAUAUAUAUCUAACGAUCAACCAUUAUUCUCGUCUGCUUGUGAUUAUAAUUCUGUUAAAUGGGUCUUCACUGAUAACUCUCAUUUCUCGAUUUUACCCAAUCUUCUUUGGUUUUAGUUUCUCUCAUCCAAAAGUUUGAAUCUUUACCCCACAAAAAAGUUGGAAACUUUAUCAAUCUUUGGGUUGUUGUAUUUGGGAAUCUCCGAUCUAAAAUGGCUGCGAUCACUGAGAGUGUGGAUUCUGGUGUUGGUGAGGGAAUUGAGAAUAGCUUGGAACCGGAGGAGUCUGAUCAAGUGAAGAAACUGAAUCCUGAAGCUAAGGAGUUUAUCCCUUCUUACAAGAAGAAGAACAAAUACCAGUCUCUGUCUUCUGGUGAUUUUGCCAUCACUAAGAAGCAAUCUGGUGUUGAAGAAUUCUACAAAAAAGAUGGCAGCAGGAGAAGAAAUGAUUAUAAUAACCAAGGGAGGAAAGUUAGGUUAGGUGGAAGAGCUUCAGCUCAAAGAGAUGAUAGUAUUAGAAGAACAGUCUAUGUCUCUGACAUUGAUCAGACUGUGACUGAGGAAGUCUUAGCUGGAUUGUUCAGCAGCUAUGGCCAAGUUGUUGAUUGUCGAAUCUGUGGAGAUCCAAAUUCAGUUCUUCGCUUUGCGUUUGUUGAGUUCUCUGAUGACCAAGGUGCAAGGGCUGCUUUGAGUGUCGGUGGGACAGUGAUAGGUUAUCACCCAGUUAGAGUAUUGCCUUCCAAGACUGCUAUUCUUCCAGUGAAUCCCACAUUUCUCCCCAGGUCAGAAGAUGAGAGGGAGAAGUGUACAAGGACCAUCUACUGCACUAAUGUCGACAAGAAUGCCACUGAAGAUGAUGUCAGAAUCUCUUUGAGUCUGCCUGCGGUGAGGUACUACUCGCCUAAGGCUUCUGGUGACCAGUUGCAUUCUACUCGUAUUCUUUUGUUGAAUUUGCCAUUGUAA